AUGGCUGCUCGGCGACUUAGUCAAAUCAAAUUCUCGAGGGACGAUGGUGUUAGAAUCCUUAGUGUCGAUGGAGGAGGAGUUCGGGGCCUUAUUCCUCUGCAAUCGCUCAAAUUCUUAGAGAAAGAACUGCAGAUUCGGGAUGGGGAGGAUGCCAGACUAGCAGAUUAUUUCAAUAUAAUGGCAGGUACCAGCACUGGAGGUCUCAUCACCACAAUGUUAGCCACUCCGGACUUAAAUGACCAGAAAAACAAUCGUCCUUAUACUACCCAGAAAAUUGAAGAGUUUUAUUUGAAGAAUGCGAGUUCCAUUUUUCCUCAGCCAAGCAUUAGUUAUCAACAAUAUCUGGUUAAUAUCUUAGAACGGGAGAAAUUUCGUGAAAUAUUCCUGUGUGAAACAGUAACUAACCUGGUGAUACCCACUUUUGAUAUCAAGAUGCAGUUUCCUAUAAUUUUCCCUAGCUAUGAGGCGAGCGAUGAUCCACUGAAGAAUCCAAGUCUAAUGGACGUACGUCGUUCCACAACUCCAGCUCCUACCUAUUUUCCAUCUCACCAGUUUACUAUAAACUCCACUAAUGGAGAGAGCAUAGAGAGUAGAGAAUUUAACUUGGUAUAUGGAGGAAUAGCGGCUAACAAUCCUACCUUGAUGGCAAUGAACCUAGUCAUUCAAGAAUCUCAUCGUGGAACAAGAAUCGGAGACAAAAAGGACUUUAUUGUGCUUUCUCUUGGAAUGGGAUUAGAAGAGGAAAGGCAACUGAAAGGAGGCGAAGCAAAGAUAGACCUCAGGAGCGAUGAAAAUUAUCGUAGAAUCCAGCUCUUUUUUAUGGUUUCGAAUAUUCUUUCUUGGAAUGAGAAAGUGUCUAGAUUUGUAAUUUCACAGACCCAAUUUCUGCUUUAA